AUGCGCAGCUUCCAGUUCCUCGUCGCCGCGGCGAUCGCAUCGUUGGCGGCGGCGCGCCAAAUCAAGCCGCAGGCGCUCCAGCUCGCGCGCGGCAAGCAGCCGCUGGCGGCGGGCCGGUCCGCGGCCCUGGCGCCCUUCGAGGACGCGUCGGCGUCGCUGCGCGGCGGCGGCAGCGCCGUGGACGCCAAGGCGGCGGCGGAGAUGCGCGGCGCCGUCAUCCGCACCCUGCUCACGGUGACCGCGGCGACGCUCUUCGGCGUCGGCGUCGCCGCGACGCGGGGCCGCCAGUCGGCCAUGGAAUUCUUCGCCGGGUCCGCGCGCCGGCGCCGCCCCGGGCCGCGGCGCGCGCGGACGCGGCGGCCCGCAGGCAUCAUCGGCGCCGUCGCGAUGCGCGGCGUCAUGAUCGCCGUCGGCGUGGAGCUCGUGAACCGCUUCCGGUCCGUGACGCUCGUCUUCGCGGGCAUCCUGCUCGCGUCGAGCUACAAGCUCCUCGUCGAGGACGACCACGGCGACGGCGGCGAGAUGGGCGAGAACGCCGUCGUCGUCCGGCUCGGCCGGAAGCUCUGCGGCGGCGUCGACUACUUCGACGGCGACAAGUUCUUCACCCUGGUGGACGGCGCCAAGGUCGCGACGCCCCUCCUCCUCUGCGUCGUCUGCAUCGAGCUCAGCGACUUUGUGUUCGCCGUGGACUCGAUCCCCGCGGUGCUCGCGAUCUCCAAGGACCCCUUCAUCGUCUACUCGUCGAACAUCUUCGCCAUCGCCGCCCUCCGCUCCCUCUACCAGGUCCUCGCCGCCGCCAUCGCCGAGCUGCCCUACCUCCGGCCCGCGGUCGCGCUCAUCCUCGGCUUCGUCGGCGUCAAGAUGCUCGCCGAGUACUUCCACGUCCACAUACCCACGGCGACGUCCCUCGCCAUCAUCUGCGCCACCCUCGGCGGCGGCGUCGCGCUCUCCCUCCUCGACAAGCGGCGUCAGGACGGCGGGCGCUAG